AUGAUUGAUCUAGAGGAUGGUAGCUCUGAUGAUCAAGAGGAAAGCUUGCUUCAUCACCUAAAUCCAAGUGUGGCUAAACGCAUGAAGACUCGCAAAGGAAAAUUUGUGGCUGAACUUAUGUCAGCUAGAAAAGCUAAGAAGACUGCUGGUUUAGUUACGGAAUUUAUAGUUAACAUUAUUGAGGAUAUUUCUGAUAAGAAUAGCAAGGAAUUCUGCAAGGUAGAGAUUACAGCUAGGCAGGUGAAAGGUUGGCCUGUUAAAAAGCACCUUCCUACUGGGAAGUUGAAUGUCAAGUAUGCAAUCCUGCAUAAAAUAGGAGCUGCCAACUGGGUCCCUACCAACCAUAUCUCCACCAUCGCUAAUACCCUUGGAAGGUUUAUUUUUGUUGUUGGAACAAAAGUGAAAUUUGACUAUGGUAGAUUUAUGUUUGAACAAAUCAUCAAGCAUGCAUCUACUAAUGCAGUUAAGCUACCAAUUGUCUUUCCCUCUAUGAUCUGUGGAAUUAUCUUGAAUCAACACCCUGGUAUUCUGUGCUCUAAUGACUUACCUAGUAGAAGAAAACCUGUUUUGUCUGUGCAAUAUAAACUGUUUGAAGGCAGCCAUGUCGAGGAUAUUGUCAUGACAUAUGUCAUGAAAAGGCCAGCCUCAAAAGUUGGAAUAAUUACUGAGCUUAAGGAGACCUGCAAAGAGUUGGGUGAAGGGAUAAGGGUAGCUACAGCUAGAAAACUAUCGUUGGAAGCCUUGAUUGCAAGCUUGGAGCAGACUGGAGGUGAAAAUAUUGAACAUGCUAAAGAAGCUGAAGCCCACACCUCUAGUGAGAGGUCUGCAAACAACGAUGAGACAAGUGGAAAUUCUGUUGUUGGUGCUGAUGAAGUUGCAAGCUCAAGCUCAACUGAGUAG